GCUCCGUUGCCGCUCAUCAUGCAGCGUUCCCACACUGCCCUCCCUCUGCCAAGGCGCUGACGGCACUGGCCCAUUGCCAGUCGGUGCGGUUAUUUCGUUUUUCUUACUGCACGUGACUCUGAUUUCAAACUAUGCGACACAUCGCCAUCGUGGGCAUGCGCCACGUUCAUGACGCUCGAACGAAGAAGAAGCGACGAUGAACGUCAACGGUCCGCCAGCCAUCGCUCCGAUUCAAGGUAACCGGCAAACCGGCGAACUACCGUCACAGUGGCGAGGACAAAAUGAAGGUGCCGUGCAGGCCCCGCCAGCCCCACCGGUCAUUGUCUGUGCACCUGGCCUCGAGUACCUGGCGUGCCUUGAUCAAAUCAUAAUACGACAGCGACUGCAAAUAUUCCAAGGCUGUUCUUGCGAAAGACGCAACAGGUACGUUGCGUCAAACUCAAUGGGACAAAUUAUCUACAAUAUGACUGAAUAUUCUGAGCGUGGUGCACACUUUUGGCACGGGCGGGCGCGUAGCUUCGAGAUGGACGUCUUGGACCACAGGAACGCCGUCGUGAUGCAUUUCGUGCGGCCCCUGAGAUGCAUGAUCUCGUGGUGUUGUUGCGACCGCCAAGAAAUGGAAGUUCAAGCACCCCCAGGAAACGUCAUGGCAAUGAUACGCCAGGAGUUCUCCAUGUGCGGUCCGAAGUUCUCCAUUAAAGACCGCAAUAGCAGAAGAGUGCUGGACAUAGUAGCACCAGCCUGCAAAACCGGCGUACCUUGUGAUGGGGUCGUCGAGUUUGCGGUGCUCAGCACAAAUGGCGUCGUCAUAGGCAAGAUCACCAAGCUAUGGGGUGGGGCCCUAACGGAGGUUUUCACGACCGCCAACAAUUUCGGCGUCACAUUCCCAUUGGACUUGGAUGUGCACAUCAAGGGCGCUCUCAUCGCAGCCACUAUACUCAUUGUAAGCAAUGGGCUUGACAUCGCCUCCAAAGCUGCUUGCCGUCUGGAACGCAUUUUGCAUGUGUUAACUGUGUGGUCAUCGCCCGGCGCCGGCAUGCCUGCUUUACGGCGGGCAUAUGACUACAUGUUCUUCGAAGUAUGAAACGGGUAGAGCGACGACCGUCAGCCCGGAGUGUUUGCGUGAUUCGGCUGAAAUUGACCAGAAAACGCCCAUUUUUGUGUUCAAGGAGGUAAAAGCAAUCACUUCCGGACAUGGA